CAUAAAAUAAAAUUGAUAAAUUAUGUAUCUGCGAGCUCCACAAAUUAAAUUCAAGUAGCCCCACUUUCAACACUUUCUCUCUACUAUCCAAAUAUCCACUCUAUUGCUCGCCACAAUAAUACAUACUUUCAUCUCUAUUUCUCCGAUCACUCUGACUUUAAUUCCGGCGAUCUCUCACUUUUCCGGCGAUUACUUCAUUUCGAUUUUCAACGGUACAAUCCAUCCUGCUCCUUGUACGUCUAUUUACAUAAACAUGUGUUUCUGUAUAGACACACAUUCGUAAUACAAGCAUAAGUGUAUGUUGACUUGUAAUCAGUUUUAUUUGACCUUAAAUUCCAUUGCCUGAUUGUUAAUUGAAGUGAUUAGUCGAGUUAAUUGGUUAGGGUUUUAUAUUUACUGUAUUGACCAAUAUGUUUAACAAGAUUAUAAAGAGGGGGCAACGAAAGGGUUCGAAAUCGGAUAAUAAUAUAGAUUAUGGUGCUACUGGUAACCGGAGCUCUGGUUCUGUUUCGACAUCGAAUGUUGUUGUGAAUCACGCUUCAAGAGGGGGUUUAACAGCUGGUCAGGGUGGGGGUGGGGGUUCUGCAGGUGUUGUUGCGGCUGAGCCAGGGAGUAUUGAGGUACUUCCUUUGUUUAAGGAUGUUCCUGUUGGAGAGCGGCAGGGUUUGUUUCUUAGGAAAGUGCAAGUUUGUUGUUUUCUGUUUGAGUUUACAGAUACGAUGAAAAUGGCCAGAGAGAAGGAGAUUAAGAGGCAGAGUCUUUCGGAGCUUGUUGACUUUGUGCAGUCUGGUUCGGCUAAGAUUAGUGAGGGGAAUCAAGAAGAAAUGGUUAGGAUGAUUUCGGUAAAUAUAUUUAGGUGUUUCCCGCCAGCAGCACAUGAGAAUACGGGGUCUGAGAAUGUGGAACCGGAGGAGGAUGAACCGUUUUUUGAAGCUUCAUGGCCACAUUUACAGCUUGUGUAUGAGUUGCUAUUAAGAUAUGUUGUGUCCAGUGAUACUGACACCAAGAUUGCUAAGCGGUACAUUGAUCAUUCAUUUGUCCUUAAGCUGCUAGAUUUGUUUGAUUCCGAGGAUCCCCGAGAGCGGGAAUAUCUAAAAACUAUUCUUCACCGAAUAUAUGGGAAAUUUAUGGUGCACCGCCCAUUCAUCCGGAAGGGAAUCAAUAACAUCUUUUAUCGGUUUAUAUAUGAAACUCAGAGGCAUAAUGGUAUAGGUGAACUAUUGGAGAUUCUUGGGAGUAUAAUCAAUGGGUUUGCGCUGCCAAUGAAGGAGGAGCAUAAAUUAUUUCUUCUCCGAGCACUCAUACCCCUGCACAAGCCCAAGCCAGUCGGCUUGUAUCAUCAGCAGCUGGCAUAUUGUAUAACACAGUUUGUUGAAAAGGACCACAAGCUGGCAGAUACUGUUAUCAGGGGUUUGCUGAAGUACUGGCCGGUCACUAAUUGCCAGAAAGAAGUUCUUUUUCUCGGAGAGCUUGAAGAAGUGCUGGAAGCCACUCAAGCUGGGGAAUUCCAGCGCUGUAUGGUUCUACUUUUUAAACGGAUAGCUCAUUGCCUUAACAGCCCUCAUUUUCAGGUUUCGGAACGAGCUCUCUUCCUGUGGAACAAUGAGCAUAUUGUUGGGCUCAUCACUCAAAACCGGACUGUCAUUUUGCCAAUCAUUUUUGAGGCACUAGAGAAGAAUAUAAGAUCCCAUUGGAAUCAGACUGUCAAUGGUCUGACAGUCAACGUCCGGAAAAUGUUGUCGGAAAUGGACCCCGAGUUAUUUGAGGAGUGCCAAAGGCAAUUUGCUGAGAAAGAGGCGAAGGCAGAAGAGUUGGAAGUACAGUGGGAAACUAAAUGGCAGAGACUGGUUGCUGCCGCUGAACAACGGGUCUGAGUAUGAAGAUAUUAAACAGGUACUGGGAAGGAGAUGUGUCGGUGUCAAGAAAGGGGGCGCACAUAAUCAAGAGAAAGAUGUCCAUGGUGGAAUAUGUUUACAUCUCUCUUUAUGCCCGUCGUUUUUUUUGCAAAAAGCAUUGAAGAUAUUUUUGUGAAAAGUUAUGCAAGUGAUGAAUGGUUUGUAAUUGUAUUAAAUGUAUUUGUUCUGCAAAUUAUUUCUUUCAGCCUUUCAGGCAGUAUCCUUUAUCAGGAUACUUUGCACAAAUUUAUAUUCAAAGAUUUCCAGUUUGCCUUUA